UUAGAGGCCUUCGGGAGAGAGAGAGCCAGAGGUAGAUGAUGAGAAUGGGCAUGGAUUACGGCUCUGUAGACCCAAGCGGCUACAUGGACGUCUUGGCCCCGUACUUCCCCCGACAGGUGUUCCCAACCAUCGAAGAAAGCUGGCUCACGCUCACUUCUUCGCUCUUUUGCUUCUUUUCUACUCCACCAGGCCAGGAUCUCGCUUCUCAGAUAAAGGAUGAUGAUGGUGUCUUCAUUUUGCCGAUGGAUUUUCAACAAUUUCGGAAAAUAUGCGAUAUUGAGGAAUUUUACUUAAUGUUGGAGGAUAAACCUGAAAUAGCUCUCUUAUGUAUGAGUGCUGCAAUUCACAAGGUUUUGUUGACCAUAUGGGAGAAAAAGAAGCUGGAGGAUGGUGCAAAAGUUAUUAUACGUCUGCACAACUACCCUGAAACUAUGAUUGCUUUAAAGAACUUAAAAGCAGCUUAUAUUGACAAGCUUGUAUCUGUCCGUGGUACUGUAGUAAAGGUUAGCACUGUCAGGCCUCUAGUGAGACAAAUGAGUUUUAACUGUGCAAAGUGUAAAACAGAAAUUACGCGUAUUUUCCCUGAUGGAAAAUUUUCACCACCAGCCAGUUGCACUUUUGAUAGGUGCAAGAGCAAAACUUUUAAUCCAAUUCGAGCUACUGCUCAAACAAUAGAUUUACAGAGAGUAAGGCUUCAGGAACUUUUGAAGCCUGAAGAUCAUGAAGAAGGCCGGAUGCCUCGAACAGUGGAAUGUGAACUGACCCAAGAUCUUGUUGGUGCAUGCAUACCUGGAGAUGUGGUGACUGUCACUGGAAUUAUCAGAGUAAUUAACAAUUACAUGGAUAUUGGAGGAGGAAAAUCAAAAGACAAAAAUCAAGGGUUUUACUAUUUGUAUCUAGAAGCAGUUUCAAUAAAAAAUUCCAAAUCACAGUCUACACCUGAGGAUUUGCAAGAUCCUAAUUUCAAUGCUAGAGCCACGGAGCUGUUUGAUUUAUUCUCAUUUUCUCCAAGGGAUUUGGAAUUCAUUGUGAAGUUUUUGGAGGAACAUGGUUCAGAUAUCUUCAGGCAAAUACUUCAGUCUAUAUGUCCAUCUAUCUAUGGACAUGAGCUUGUUAAAGCGGGAAUAACACUAGGACUGUUUGGAGGCGUACGGAAGCAUUCAAAGGAUCGUAACAAGGUUCCUGUCAGAGGAGACAUUCAUGUCAUAGUUGUUGGUGAUCCUGGACUAGGCAAGAGCCAAUUACUGCAAGCAGCAGCUGCUGUUUCUCCACGCGGCAUUUAUGUUUGUGGCAAUGCCACUACUAAAGCUGGCCUCACUGUAGCUGUUGUUCGGGAUCCCAUGACAAGCGGCUAUGGUUUUGAGGCUGGUGCCAUGGUACUUGCAGACAGUGGAUUAUGCUGUAUAGAUGAGUUCGACAAAAUGUCUGCAGAACAUCAGGCCCUACUGGAAGCCAUGGAACAACAGUGUGUCUCUAUUGCAAAGGCUGGACUUGUGGCAAGUUUAUCAGCACGAACUUCUGUCUUAGCAGCAGCAAACCCUGUUGGUGGUCAUUAUAACCGUGCAAAAACUGUGAAUGAGAAUUUGAAAAUGAGUGCUGCUCUCCUCUCACGAUUUGAUUUGGUCUUCAUAUUACUUGAUAAACCAGAUGAAGUUCUGGAUAAGCAAGUCUCAGAGCACAUCAUGUCACUUCAUUCUGGAUAUGGAGAACAUUCACCGGCAACAAAAAAGCUCCGUAGAGCAUCACAGAGUGCUGGAGGCAUAGAUAUGAGUGUAAAUGGUGGUUCUUUAGUAUCUAGGUUGAGACUUGACCGAAAGAAGGAUGGUGAUUUUGUUCCAUUACCUGCUCAACUUCUUCGCAAAUAUAUUGCUUAUGCACGGAAUUAUGUCUUUCCUAGAAUGUCAAAGCCAGCAGCGGAAAUCCUUCAGAAGUUUUACUUACAACUUAGAGGCCAUGAUACAUCGGGUGAUGGUACACCAAUAACCGCCAGGCAACUGGAAAGUCUAGUGAGGCUGGCAGAGGCUCGAGCUCGGAUAGAGUUAAGAGAAGAAAUAACACCCCAAGAUGCAAUGGAUGCAGUCGAAAUAAUGAAAGAAUCCUUGUAUGAUAAGUAUGUUGACGAGCAUGGUUUUGUGGAUUUCGGUCGGAGUGGGGGUAUGAGUCAACAGAAAGAAGCAAAACGGUUUUUAAGUGCUCUGAAUAAGCAAUCAGAAUUGGAUCAGAAAGACUGCUUUUCAAUUUCUGAAAUUUACGGUUUGGCAGAUAGGAUUGGCCUAAGGGUUCCUGAUAUUGAUACAUUUGUGGAUAAUUUAAACAGUGUCGGCUAUCUACUCAAGAAAGGGCCAAAGACAUACCAGGUGCUGUCCUCAUCUUAUUCACAAAGCCAAUCGUCAAGGUUGAGGGGCUAAACUGGAGCAGCUCUAAAUUUAUAAAACCAUUCUCCUGAUCUAUGGUAUAAGGUCUAAUGCAGUCCCUGAUGCCAAAACAUCCCAAAAAACAUGUAGAGAGAGAGUGAGGCAACCACCAAUGCAGUUGACUGAUCAUAGUUGUGUGUGCUUUGGUUAGUCUUUGAUGGACUCUGUUCCUUGCUCUUUGCAUGUACUUAAGAACAGCAAAAGAUGAGAAGUACAACACAUCUACGAGAAUCCGUAAACAAGCAUGAAGAAGGGCAACUAAAAACUUAAGACAGCCCCGUAUUCCUUUCUUGUAUACAAGACCAUAUUAGUUCUCAGGUAAGUAGUGAAAGACAGGUUUUGAAGAAGUGCAGAGACAGGUUUUGAAGCUGCCUGCUUAGACAAAACAUCAAACAAGGUAACAAGUCAAAAAACUUUCAAACUUUGCACGAUAAUGCAGGUUCAGAAAAGCCAGAAGAGAAAAAACCACAUCUAAACAUCAUGAUUAUACUAUAAACAUUCGACGGGCUGCAUGCACCCUGUUUCCUUUCAGCAUUGCUACUGCAUUUAUAUCACAAAACUGAUAUUAAUAUAUGCAACCUCAAUUUUGGCUGCUUCAUUGGGCUGUUUUUGUUAAGUCAGACCCCAAUGGAGUAUAGUUUGUUUAGAGUACUAGUAAGUAGUGGUUAUAGCAAACCAUGUUGCUUUACAUAACCAUUGAGACAAGUCAAAUUGGUCUUCAUGGAUUUAAAAGAAACUUAUCAGCCUUUUAAAACUCAU